CUACCCCUUAUUUUCCCUAGUUCUCCCGCUGGCCGCAAGAGCGCUUUGCUGUCGCUGGUACUGCUCUGCUGAGUGACACUCAGUCCCACUAUGCACAGUUCUCUAAAGACCAUUUAUAGGAAGUUCAAGCCUCGUACAAGGUGUAUGUGAAAAGUGUUGACGAAUAUAAGUCAUGCAGAGACAAUUCUGCUCUGCCAAUGAAGAUUUGAGGAAAUAAAAGGCAAAGCUUGCCUACUAUGUCACACCAACCAUCUCAGGAGGCAUUUGAAGAAAUGACUCUUGAGGUAGAUUUGACGGCCAUGAAAGGAAGCCCCAUGGACCAAGAGUCCACACCUAGUACUGCAACAGACGAUGAUAGCCAACCCAGUCUCACUGUUCAACAAAACCCUGGGUUGUUUCAGAGAGGAUUCACAAUAAUGUCUGCAUGUGAAAAAACUGAGAGUGCUGAUGAAGAUGAUCCUGAUGAAGAUGAUCCUGAUGAAGAGAUUCCAAAUAUUGAUUGUGAAGUAAGAACUUCCAAACCUUCCUUCCCGUGUGAAGUCUGCACCAAAGUUUUUCAUAAACGUAGCCGACUUGUUUCACAUAUGGUUACUCAUUCUGAACAGAAAGACCACAUCUGUGGUGUGUGUGGUAAAGGGUUUAAAAAUAAGCCUCAGCUAAUAAGACACAGCAAUACUCAUAGUGCUGUUCCAAAUUUCUGUUGUAAUAUAUGUGGCAGAGGAUUUAAACAUAAUGAUGUUGCUAAACAUAUAAGAAGAUGGCACAGUGGUCCUAGAAAAUCUAAUCGGGGUGGAGUACCCAAUCCUGAUGCACCAAAUCGACAUAAUGUGCAGUUCACCAUUCAAGUACGAAAGAAAAAAAGAUCUCAUCCCACUGCAGAGCAAUCUAUGCAACAUGUUUCUCAAUCUCCUCAUCAAUCAACUCAUGAAACACACCAGCAAAGUAUAGUUCAAUGUCAGCUCUCUCAACAGGAGAUGCUUCCAGGUCAGCCACAACAAAGGGCAUUUGUAGGUGGUCCCAAAACAGAAGCUAGAGAGAAAGUUGUGUUGCUACAAGAACAACAUGUGACUAACUCUCUUGAUUUGGGUGUGUGUUCUGAAGAUGCAUUGGAUGCUAACAAUUUACAGCAUAGCUCUUCCUCAUCAUCUUUGUUUCAAUGUCCGCAUUGCACCUCAACCUUCAGUAAGCCUCAGGAACUUUCUUGUCACAUAGCAAGUCACAAGGAAUCUGAAGAAAGGGGGGAAUUAAAUCAAAGUAAAGAUAACAAAAAGCAUCAUCAGUGUCAUAUUUGUAACAAGACCUUUACUCGUGCAUCUGGUCUUACUGGUCACAUGUACCUUCAUACUCGCACCGAAAAGAGAAGAGAACCCAACCCAGAUUUGCGUUGCCACAUAUGUGAUAAAAUCUUCACUCGACGAUCAGGCCUUAAUGCUCACAUACUGCAACAUGGUGGAGUUCUUCGCUUUUGGUGUGAUGAAACUGACUGUGGUAAAGGCUUUGUCCAUUCAUAUCAAUUGAUACGGCAUAAGCGUUCACAUUCAGAAGUUCCACCAUACUCGUGUGAAAUUUGUGGGAGAGCUUUCCGCCAUAAUGACUUGGCUAAGCACAUGCGUACUCAUACUGGAGUGAAACCAUACAACUGUCAGCAUUGUGGAAGAGCUUUUGCUUUUAACUCCAGCCUACGAGCACAUGAACGCAUGCAUCUUGCUUUGAAAGAGCAUGUAUGUGAAGUUUGCAACAUGGGUUUCACCACUUCUGCUGGUUUGCGAAGGCAUGCAAAAUGCCAUGAAGAUGAUGAAGAAAAGCUAUGUUCUUUCUGUGGAGAAUUAUUUUCCUCCAAGCUUCACCUCAAUCUUCACUUACAAGAAUCUCCCCAUUGUGCUGAACAGUCACAGCAACAUCGGUCCCAUCAUCAAGAAUUGUCUGAGACAAGCCAGGCUCAAACCACACAGCUUGUACAUCAGCACCACCAGGACACACCACAGAGGCAGACAGUGCAACAGUUACAACAUAUUCAUGAACAGCAUGUGCAACAAGUGCAACAAGUGCAACAGCUGCAACACUUGCAGGUGAUGCCUCUGCCUCCAGCACCACAACAGGCUCAGCCUGAAAUGUCUAUACACAAGGCGCAUGGACUCCAUGAGUCUCAUCAACAAGUUACCCAACAGUCCCACCCUAUCUCCAUGCAUGGCCUAGAACCUCUCCAUUUAUCUCAUCACUCUGACACUACAACAUUAGCUAAUUUGUCAGCGGCUGGUACGGAGCCUGUUAAUAUUGACACGGGUCCAACUUCAGGGCAGGCUCUGCCAGUUCUUGUCCCUUUUUCAGUAUCUGUGCCAAUUUCUGUACCUUAUGGAGUUAAUUUAAAUUCUACUGCGUCAGAUUCACUGCAAUUAAAUCACUUUCUUAGCUGGGAAUCAAAAUACUAAGAGUAGCCACUCAUAAAGGGAUGGUAAACACAAGUGUUACCAUUAGUCUUACUGCAACCAACAUGUUAAUAUGAUUGUCAAAUUAUGGGACCUGAGCUGUUUUUAUUCGUCAAUGCGAUUGUUAAGUGUAAAGUAUGUUAAGUUGUUGUUUUCUUUUUUUAAUUGUUAUUAUUACUGGAGACUCAUUGUUGUUACAUGAUGUAUUGUGAUAGAAAUAUUUGUAAUCUAGCUUAUCUUAGUUGUUUUGGUUGGCUGGUUUUAUAAAGCUCAUCUAAUUUUUGUCAAUUGACAUGGCAGAGCUAUGAUCCUUUGUUUCACUGCUCAUGUUGAUUAAUGUGAAGGAAUUCAGUGUGAAAUUUUGUCAAUUUCCUUUUUUUAAAGUAGCUGUUUCAGUAAAGAUGAUUAAUAUCAAUCAAAUUUGCAGCUGUGGCAGUAUUAAUGUGUCAAUAAAAGAUACACCUUAAUGUUU